AUGGCCUCCUCUGCAUCCAAGUCAGCACCUGCCAAAAAGCUAAGAGAACAUCUCCAGGACCAACAAGAGCCUUUCAGCCUAGACAAUUACCUUUCCGAAAGAAGGUACAUGAAGAGAUCGAGUCCCAAUGGCCACUCUGUCGGUUCAACUAACAACCUAUUCAGAUCAUGGAGUUAUGAAUUAAAUAAGGGAAGAAAGAGGAUCUUAUAUGGUACAAAAAUCUUAGCAUCAGUAAUAUCAAAGCUCAUUCCCACUAACAGCCAGGAGCUAGCAAAUGGCAUAAAAGGCAACAAGGAUGAUGAAGACAUUUCUCAGAGCAUCAGAAGGACCCAACGGAUUGCAGAAACAAAUAGUUUUUUCCCAACAGAAUGUUUAAAUGCAUAUCUUUCUAAUGACAGCAAUGUUGAAGAACUCUCUCUGCAUUCUACAAGGCAUCAUCGCUUUACUCAUGCAAGUACUUCAAUGACUUUCAAAUUCGAGAAUUUAAAAGUAAAGACUGCUGCAGAUACAACACUCCAUUGGAUAAGCAUGGAAGAUAGCAUACUACUCACCAAAGCAUCACAAAUUAGCGAAGCACCAUCCAACCAAGUGUAUGAUUUCGAAACAAAAGAAGCCCCAUCAAGUCAAUCCUCCAUUCCAUGCAAAAUAGAUGCAGGAGACUCCAUAGUCUCGGCUUCUCUAUGGGAAUCACUAAUAAAUUCAUCAAUUGUGAAAAAGAGCCAUGUAGGUUUUGCUAAACUAAAGGGGAUAACUUGGACUGCUUCUUCUCAGCACCUGAGAAACAAAAGGCUUUUGCAGCAAAGGAAGCAACUUCUGUUUGAUUCUGUUAAGGAGGCUUUAGAAACCCAUGGAAGGAAGGGUGAAAGAGACAAGUAUGCUCAAGCCGUCGCACAUCCAGAAGAUAUGAAGAAAAUCAUCUAUAAGCAGACUGGAGACUUUACAAACAUUACCCACAAGAUGAAUUUUGAUUUCUCCAGCACAAUAGAAGACUGGAGUGAUUUUCAGCAACUAGAAAGGAAGAUAGGCAUGAAGAUAGGAGAUGCUAUCAUGGAUGAGAUUCUCAAAGAGAUGGUUGACUUAUUUUUGCAGUAAACAGAUGUUCUAUCCACAGGAAUAGAUACUUGAUCAACCACCUAGGGCUUGUUCAGGAAUUCCAGAACUGAACAGGCAGGUUUGACACAAGGACUUUAUGUGAUACACAGCAAGCAUGCCUUGAACAAAUUUAGAGGAACUGAAAAUCAAUCAACUUGUCCUCAACUGACCAAGUUAACAGCCCCUAAUCUUUACUUCUUUUCCCCCCUCUAUCUUGUGAGCGAGUUAGGAAGAUGGAAAGCUAUUGCUUUAUGCUCCUUCAUGGUUAACUUUAAGCAGAUAGUAGUUGUCAUUGGGAAAAAUGAAAAGAUAAUGACAUAA